AUGGCCUGGGAAAAACACGCAAGAGUAACAAAAGCAAUUGAGAAAAUAAGAAACAGAUGUCAAAAAUCUGCCUAUCAGCUGAAUGUUAAUGUUGCAUUGAUUUUUUUGGGCUGUACGUUCGACCUGUUGAAUGUUGCAAGCAUGAUCUCGCUGAUCGACGAUCUUGCACAAAAAUAUGACAUCUCGUACACGACUGCAUCAUGGUCUUUAACUUCUUAUGCUGUCACAUUUGCUGGUUUUAUAGCAUUUAUGGGUCGACUUGGUGACAUCGUGGGAAACUCGAUUCUGUUUACUAUUAGCUGUUUCUUUUUCGCUAUUCUGUCACUUCUUUGCGCGGUUAUGCCCAAUUUCCCAGCGUUUGCUGUUUUCAGAGCUAUUCAAGGCAUUUCUGCCGCGGGUCUUGUACCAUGUGCUUAUGCCUUAAUUCCUAUGUUAGCUCCGGAGGAAGAAGUCCAAAAGUACUUCUCAAUUGUGUCCUGUGGAUUCAGCUCCACCAUUGGUCUAGGACUGAUAAUUGGAGGUGCAUUCGCUGCUACAAAGAUAGGCUACAAAGGCAUUUUUUAUCUGACAUUUGCAGUAAUGUCUUUAAUUGCAAUAGUUGCUUUCUUUUUUACGUAUGGUGUUGAAAAUCUUAACGAAAACCCACCAAAGGAUCAAGUUGCAAACAGGGUCAGGUCGCUUGAUUUUAUAGGAUCGCUUAUAUUUGUAACCGGGAGUAUACUGAUUGUUGUGGGUUUAACAGAAGGAGGUGAAUCAUGGAACAGACCUGCCACCUACGUAACACUCGUCAUUGGGAUUGUUCUUUUUUUUGGUUUUUUUUUUUGGAACUGCUCAUACGCAAGGAUUGUUCGAGGUAUUAGUCGUUGUGGAAUUGACACUUCUAGAUACUUCGAAAAGGUUCAGCUUUUAAUUCCUGUAGAUGUUCUUUUCAUGAAAAACUUUAUACCCAUUAUUUUGGCUUUUGCUCUAAACAAUGCUUGCCUAUUUUCGUGUAUUUAUAUCAUUGAUCAAUAUUCCCAAUACGAAGAGAAAAACAGUCCGCUAUAUGCCGGUGUCAAGCUAGUUCCCCUAAUAAUAUGUAUGGUUAUAGGCAAUGGCUUGUGUGCAUUCGAGUCUACCAAACUAAAGCCUAGAGUGGGAGUGGUGCUUGGCUUUUUUCUGGCCCUUGCUGGGUCGAUUAUUCUCACCCAAUUGCAUUUGAUCAAAGAGGAUAUGUUUUGGAAGAUUUUCUUUAGUUCACAAGCAUUAGUGGGUUUUGGGGUUGCUAUUUUCUACCCUUAUGCGCUUCAGAUUGCAGUGGGUGGGGCUCCUGAUCAGUCAAAAGGUAUUGCUUCUGGUGUAGCGCAAACUUUUGGUCAACUUGGAAUCGAGAUAACCUUUUCGGUUAUGGCAUCAGUUUUGGGAAAUAUAGAUGGAAUCAGAGGGCAUUCUGGUGCAUCCCAGAAAUUUCGAACCGGAUUCCAAAACUGCACAUACUUUACUGUUGCGGUGGGUGCGCUUGGAUUUCUGGUAACGUUAUUUGGGCUCAAAGGUACUCGCUCACCAACCGAUGAUAUCUCAGACAUCGAGUCCUCCAUACAGAGAACAAAAGUAGAAAUAGAUCAAGAGAAGAGCAGAAUUUGA